AUCAUUUGCCAGCCAUGGAGCUCCAGAGCGCCGUCAAACUGCUGAUCGUCGGUCAGGCGCUGGCUCUGGCCGCCGCUGCCGGGAACAGCCAAAAGUCACAGGGAGGGAGGUUUGGCAAAUAGGAGGGUGCUUGAGCACCGCGACCUGCUUUUCGGCAACGAACUGCUGAACGCUAAUGACAGAAUGCGCGGGAGCGUUGUCGUGAUGGAGCACCCAGUUCUUGGCUUCCCAGAAACUCCACUUGGUGCGCCUGACUCGUGAAAUGAGGCGUCCCAGGUCUUCCUUGUAGAAGUGGCUGGUCGACUGUGGUACACCUCCAGCACGAACUGGCGGUGAACGAAUCCCCUAUGAUCGAAAAAGACGAUCAAUGUCAUCUCCACCCUCGACUUCGACAUGCGCGCGGACGUUGAUGGACCUCCAGACCUUGGGGUCAUCACCGACAUCCUCACGACCAGUGCUGAACCUCGUAUGCCAUUCAAACACUUGCAUGUUACACGACUUGCUCCCCAUUAACAGCCUUGAACAGAUUCAGCAUCUCUGUUGGACUUUUCUCCAGUCUGGAAAGGAACGUGAUGUUCCCUCUUUUUUCGAAGUUCAUCGUAGAAGCCAGGCGAUGACAAGGCCGCCGAACAUCGAUAAAACAAAGAGCUGUGGAAAGGAGAAUAAUUGCGAUAUCGAGAUGCCGUUUGGCACACAUCACGACAAUAUGCUAAAGAUUAAUGCCAAGUGUCUCGCUAGUCUUCAGGUCCCCUAGUUUAUGGCCAGCACGAGCAGUCCGGUUUCUUUUUAGCCGCACCUCGUAUCGUUAUAAUGCGCUUAUUCCAGGAGAGGAGGUGUUCGACAGCGAAACCAACAUCACGUCGAUAACCUACUCGGCCUCGGGGCUCCGUCCGAUUCUGUUCGACGUCGGAGACGACAGCAUCAAGGUCAAUCUCCAGGGCUGCACGCACCGCAACAACCUCGUCUGCUGCUUCAACCGGCCGAUGCUGGAGAACCUGCCGGCGCCGCGGCUCUGCUCCUCCUUCCUCUCUGCGAGCUGCUGCUACAUGCUGCCGGGCCGCGACCAGUACCCGCGGCUGCCGGCUGACCUGGUGCCGCUGCUGCCGACUCUGACACAGACUGGCCAGUGCGAGCAGCGCAGGCGCGGCCGGCGCGUGCUGCACUGCUGCCGCGGCGCCGAGCCCUCCGAUCCGAACCCGUCCGGGCGCGCGGCGCGCAUCUGCAGUGAUGUAGGCGAGCUGCGCUGCUGCUACCACCCGUUCGCCGGUCACCGGCUGACCUCAGUGCUGGAGGCCGGCGAGGACGAGUUCAGGGGAGUGUUCGGGGUGACGCUGGUGAACCACGCACCCCCGCGCGGAGAUCGCCUGGCGUACACGAUCGACAGGCUCCGUAAGCUGAGGGCUCGCACGCAAGCUGCGAGGGACAUCAUCGGAUGAAUGACAUUUACGCACACAUUCGGUCCUUUGCAUGGCAACAUGUUUUGCCCUUACUGGCUUAUUAGUCGCCAGGUAUAUGUGAUCACAGCUGUUUUUGUGAUAUGUAUGCUGUAUGCAUUAUUUCCCUAAUUACUUAUUUUGCAAGUUUAUUAUGUGUGUGUGCCCUAUAGCAUGCAUGCCAUUAUACGGCUUGAUGAGAAUGCAUUUGAUCGUGUCGCUCACAUUGAGAAAAUGAGCUUUAUUCAAGAUUUGCAAUAAAUGAAGUGGUCACGUCACAAA